CAAAGGUGUGUUUCUUGCAACAACGGAUGAUCUCAAAAGUUCGAUGGCACAAAGCUGCCACGUCCUGUUCAAGAAACUUCCAUGGCAUCACCUGGAGUACAUGGCCAUGUCCAUUUAACCCUCUUGUAAACGUCUGCAGUCUACCGCAUGUAGAGGACGAUGACUAGUUUCAGAACCAGAACGCACUUGGACAGAUUGAUCUUUCAGACUCUGGAACACUUAGAUUCUUGAUAUACUUGCUGUAUCCGUUAUGGGAACAUUAUCAGAGAUAGCCAUGGAUAUCCCAAAGCCUUUUUGGAUAGCUGUAUAAGGGCCUGUUGCAUCGUGGUGAUAUACACCUUUGAUAGCCAAGGUUGUUCAUCGGAUAGACGAUAAUGAACGCGUAAAUGUGGGUGCAAGAGAUCCUCAAUGACCCUCAAAAAAGAGCAAGCAAGACGUGGGGGGCCAAACGACUAGAAGUCUUUGCAAACCACGCAGGCGUUCGCUGGCGGUUGUUGUCCUUCACAUUUUUUGUCAGUUGGCGGGAACAACAAAUGGCCACGCUAUAUCAAACAUACAAAACGGCACUGUGCUAUUGAGUGCAUGAUAUUCGUACAGGCUAUUUAUAUUCACAACGGUGAUUCUCAACGCAUCAUCAAUCACACGCAUAGCACAUUGUGCUAAACCCAAAGCAUGUCAUAUCUAACUGGCCGAUGUCAAGUGUGCAAUGGCACGGCCCGAUUGCACAAAGACGACUCUGUUCCUUGCCAACAUGAUCCAGACUGUCCGGGUUGUGUCCGUUGUAGAGACUGUAUUGAUGGAAAGGUAGUCUCAGUACCCGGUUCUGCCGGGGCUUCGAGAACAUCCACAGUUGGUACGGGCACUCUCCGAGGAAAUACAAUAAGAAAGCAUGGCCACCAGCUGUCGACUGCGUCGGGGAUUUCGGGAUCGUUGUUCACGAGUCCAGUCGACUCGGAGACUUCUUCCGUCACAAGCGCCGAUACACCAUCCACACAUGUUGGGCCUCCUGUACCCUCCAUAGAGGCACCAGUGCUUCCACCCGCGCCAGUUCUUGGGAUACACGCUACCCUUCCUCCAGCACCCGUUCUUGAUGCUCGGACGUUGCCACAUGCAGAACCGUCUGCACUUCCACCUGCUCCAGUUCUCGCAUCACCUACAUCACCCCCUCUCACAGAGGAACCGAAAAAGGCGGGUUUAAGAACACCCAAGCUCGGUCGCAAAAAGAAGACCGAAGCCCCAGAUACGAUCAAGCAAUCAUUACAUUCGAGUGAAGAUCAGGUCACUGCUGGACCCAGCGAGCGAGGAAAGACGGCUGGAACUAUUGGGGCACUUGGUGUUGCAUUGAUGGGGCGGAUACGCAAAUCUGGUUCUGCCACAGGGUUGGUGGAGGCCGCACGAGUUGCACCUGCACCAGUGGAGGCGGUUGAGAAGCCUUUGGUCGAGGUCAUACCGCCCGUCACCGUUGCCGAAGUAGCAGUUCAUGAUGGUGCCGGACCCACUUCCAAAGCGACAUCAACUUUGCAGUCAGCCGUUCAUCGUCGUAGCUUCUCCGGUCCUCGUAUCACGACCCUCGUGAAUGACCUGCAAGAGGGCGCCGGCGGCAGGACAGCAACAGCGCACUUCCAGUCUAUUGAGGAGCUGAAUGAUCGUGCGGUGACCACAACAAACAAGCCAGUGUUUGAGGGAAAAGAUCUGCCAGCGUUACCUGAUAAAAAGUCACUCGCAGCCCGUAGCGCGGAUCAAUUGGUACCUGAAAAGAAGCCCCGAGGCAAAUCCGAUCUGUUCUCAUUUGCAAGGCCAAAAAAGGUGGUUCCCGCUCCCUCUAUUGACUCUGAUAUUUCGUCCAAUCAAUCUUUGGCUGGUGGUGCUACCUCUGAUACAUCCCCACCAAAAGGAACUGCUGGUAGCCCGGCAUUGACUAGCCCCAUUCUUGAAAUGAGCGGAGGAGUUGGAGGGCGGAAGGGGAAAAAGGCAUUGUCAACAACGCUACCUGGAUCUCCGGGUGGGAUCGCAGAGACCGAGUCUGACCGCGGCCUGCCAAGUCCUUCAUCAAGCAACCCGCCAGCAGGUAGGGAACAUCGACGAACAUCGUCGAGAGGCUUUCGAGAAUGGUACGCCAGGUUCUCUAGCGAAAUUUCAAAGCAGCGGUUGGAAGGCAUGGCUGAAGAGACCGAAUUUCCGGACCCCAUCACUUUGGAGUCAAUAUUCGGAUCAAAGAUUUCUGGCGCCCGUGACGCUGUCGCUUGUUUAUCUAAAGCGCACACUUGCUUUGAAUUUGCUCGGCAAGAGCCUCGUUGGGUUAAAAAAGGCGACAAAGAGGCACCCGGAAUCCAAAAAGAGAAAAAGGCAGUUGCUGAUCUGGAAUUAUUGGACGACGUCGCCUGCAAGUAUCGACCUCUUGAUAUCUUCCACGAAGGAAGAUUGGCAACUGUCCAGUAUAGUCAUUCAGCGAACGGGCCGACGCUAGGUAUCAUAACGUCUGGGAAGCCGGACGACCUCAUGGAUGCUCUCAUAUUCCCUCUCGAUCAAGACAUGUCGUACGCGGAGGUGUUCCUCGCCACGUAUCGCUUCUUCAUGACCGGCAAGCCGUUGCUUGAUAAUUUAAUUGAAUGGUACAAUGUCGAUUUAGACCAAGAUUUGCUGACAUCGUCGGCACCAGUUGCGAGCACGUCCCAGGAGACUACCGACAGUGUUGAAGACCCAACUGCUACAGCUAAUCCUGCCUUCCAUCACCAUCACGAGCAGUUUCUCAAAAAGCAUCGCAAACACAUUCAAUCCCGCGCUAUUCGCGUCCUUUUGAUGUGGAUCAAGAACCAUUGGCAUGAUUUUCAGGAGGACGGUAUGCUCUACUUGACAUUGAUGGCAUUCUUGGAUCAUGUGUCCAGUGUGAGCUUUGGAGAUGGUCAAAAGAUGACGCAGGCCAUUCGCGAGCAGCGCUUGUCCUGGUACACCACUCAGUACAUACCGUUCUUCCCUUCCAAGCGGGGCGUAAUGAACGAUAAUACUAAACCCUGGGCUUUGGUCUGGUCACCAGAAGAUUUCGCUCGUGAAGUAACCUAUGUCGAUCAUUUCUUGUUCCGACAAAUUCGGCCCGAUGCCUACUUGCACGUCCUCGCGAGGCCUGUGGCAAAGGAAGGCGCGGGACGGAAUGUAGCCUUGAAAGUUCUUCUCGAGUACAUUGGAUGGUUCCGUCUGGUGGCUGCAUACACGGCGACAAUUGUUUUGCGCGAGGACUCUUCCAAGCGAAGAGCAAAGGUUAUAAAGCAAGCAAUUCGCAUUGCCAAAGCAUGUCGUGAACUGCAAAACUACAAUACCAUGUUCGCUAUCCUGGCGGGUUUAAAGCGACCUGCUGUGGUCAAGUUGACCAACGCCUGGGAGGCACUACCCUCGAAACACAUAGACGCAUUCCAGAAUCUCCUCUCGCUUAUGGAUCCUGCGGAUGGUUACGCGACAUACUGGGCCGAAUUUAAAGACGUCCAACCACCUGCGAUUCCGUUCCUAGCGGCAUAUAUGCGUGACUUAUUAGACAUCCACUACGAAGCUCCAACAUAUUUGAAUGAUCCAGCGUCCUCUGCUGGCGACCGGGAUGGUCCUUCAGGGAACUUUACAAAGGCGCGACGGAAGGGAGGACGCACGCGAACAGCCACCGGGGAUACCAGUAUCACAUCUACGAAUGAGGAAGAGUGCACUCCACCUACGCCAGCUGAUACGAAUCCUAACCCUUCUCUAAACCGGACCAUUCAUUUCCAGAAGUACUAUGACCUGUACGCCAUUGCUGCGGAGCUCGAGAUGUUCCGGAUGUCCUCGGUGUACCCACCCAAUGCUGACAAAGAUGCUGGGGCCAUCGUCUUAACUCAUAUGCGGGAUUUUGCAGUGGAUAAGGAGUCUGGACGGUGGAUGGAUGAUGUAUUGGAGACGACGAUGAAUGCUGCUACUCCAACAGCGAAUGCCGAAGGACGUCGAAGCGUCGGCAAUACCUUAGAUACACCCAAGGCUACCGCGAAAUUUGCCAGUUCCAGUUCUGGAGCACUGUUGGAGUCCACUGGUAAUAGAGGACCAUCGGAGGACAAUUCAGAAAAAGCUGUAAAACCUCCUAAGCUAACUCGAGUGGGAAGUAUCAAGCGGGAUGCCGACGCAGAGAAGCCAUUGGGUCCCCAAUUGCCAGUCGCCCAAGGAGAAGAGGGAAGUACAUCCAAAUCUGGCGGAGGAACUGGGAGUGUGGAACAGAGCUAGGUGGGAAACUCCGGGGGUGGGCAGAGUGCAGCAAAUCAUAUGAAGGGUGUGUGUUGGGAUAGUUAGUAGUAAUUAAAUGUGAGACCGUUUCCAAUAGCAUAUACCCCGUUAGCUAAUUCCCUUGGUCAUUCUGCAUGAACAUCUGGAAAUGUGGAAUUUGGUACCCUCGGUCGGUUC